AUGGGUCCUCCAAUCCCCUCUCCAACCGAGAUUCUGACGUCUCCUGGUGUUCCUCAAUCUCACCCGCAGCCUUUCCGAUCGCCCGGCCACCGCCCGCAUGUUCACCAAUCUCAAAAACUGGUGGAUCAACUCGCAGAUAGGGUCGACGCUCUGGAGAAGUCAACGUUGAAUGCACCGCGGCUAUCGCGCGGUGAUUCCAACGACCAGGUGUCUGGCCUGACGCCGAUGCCCGAGGACACACGAUCGCAAGCCGAGCGAGAAGAAGAGCAAGGACGGAGCAACCACACACUGAAAGAGCUACGAAGACAGAUGGAAGAGUUGCUCGUUUAUCAACAAAUGCAACAAACCCAGCCUUCAAACCCACCACAGCCUCAAACCGCGCCCACACUUUCGAAUGAUACCCCGAGGAAAAGACGAUUGUCCGCCUCCCCCACAGAUGUCCCGAUCACCAUCAUGCCUCCCUCCACUGGCUCAACGGAGUCAACUGGAACAGUAACGGGAAACGAGCCCCCAUCUGGAAUUCGCGACCCACACCAGACGCCAUCCUAUCCAUUUCCUCGAAUGCAGAAUCAAGCGCCGAAACGGGGACUCGAACAAACGGGACGUGGUCAGUUCAAAUUGAAACUUCCAUCCGAAAACUUCCCGUCUUCGAUACCAGAAGACCCAGAGGUGUCUCAAGGCUCCGGAGAGAAGGUGCCACAUUUCCUGCCUAAUGAGCCCAGCCCGGGCCAGGAAGAUCCGAAUUUCCCCAGCCCAGACCUCUAUGACCUGACACUUCAGCUGAAUGCAGAUUCAGGACUGGAAGCAUGGUGGUCGAAUCUCAUCGAGAUUAUGCAGACUAACUACGGCGCUGAACGUGUCUCGCUCGCUGUACCGGGAGAUGUGACCGACCUAGAGAAUGUACCCUGGGGCCAAAAGGCAGUCUUCAACCAAAAUGUUGAGACUUCAAUCGAAGACAUCAGAAUGCGCCAUCUCAACAAGGGCCCAUCAACCGAGACUGCUCAGUCUCGCAAGAGCCAAACCACAAGAAAGCCGGAGCCAGACCUGCAACAGACUAGAGCACCUGGAUCUCCCCGACCAUCUUUACUAAUGCGUCACUCUUUCGCUGGAUUCGACAAACAAAAGACGCAAGCCCAGGCCGAGAAGAAGCAUGUACAAAUCGCGGAUCAAACACAGUCAUUUGCGUGCCAAGCAAACGAGAAGGAUGAUACAGAACCUGAAGAUGAUAGCCUCAAUGCUCUCCUCGGGGAUAUGCGGCAGGCCGUGUUCCCAAUAUCCAGACCCUUGGAGGUGGAGCACGAUUCUUUAAUCAAGCGCACAGGCGUGGUGAGGUUGUUUGGACGCACUCGUCCUACCAUUUUGACCCGCGAAUACUCAGAUACCUCGCCACCAUACUCGCAAGCUUGGACGGACCCUGUGAAGAGUCCAAAUGAGAUGGUCCAAGUCACCCCCGAUGCCGGUGGGCCCACCACUAGGGAACAGGAACAUGCUACGAUACAACGCAACAUUGCUUCGCUUGGGUUGAGACUCUAUGAUGAAUAUGAGCAGGUUCCCCAAUCUCCUUGGUCUCAGUCUCCUGCCCCGUCACCAGCACCCCGCACACAUGCAGACAAUAAUCCUUUCUUCACAAACCACUCCGUUGACGAGGGUGCCUUUUCUCAAAACCCGCCUUCACACGACUACUCCAACAACAUGCCUCUAGAAGCGAUCGGUAUCGAUCAGUCGAAGACGGUGAUCCAUAUUCCUCUGAUACAUGGUGGCAACUCCAAUCGGAGUGCCUCGUCGACGUUGAGGUUCCCUGUUGCGAUUGUGUCAAUGCUGUGCACAAUCGUCCCGUACCCAGCCAACCUGAGGCAGUCACUUGCAUUCCUGAUGCCACAUCUGACAACAUCAUUCUGUUUAGCGCAACGUUACAGUCAGCUUGAAAGGCAACUGUCGUCAAAGGUGGAGAGUCCUCGUUAUGGACAUCUUCUAGGCCUUGGUGGCACGUUCUCCGACGCAAGUAGUGAGCUGGAAUUCGUGGCAGGACUAAGCGGCCAUGUCAGCUACUCUGUCGGCGACAACAACAACGCAAUGUCUAACCAGGCCAGCAUUCCUAGCCCUAGUGAUCAUUCUUCCGCGAAGUAUAGUCCUGCCAUGUCCGCGCUCGGAACACCGGGCUUCGAGCUUGGCCAUCUAGGUUUUGGAUCUGCCACGCAGUCGCCAGGAUGGACAUCACGUUCUGUUGGAGAGGGUGCUGACAGCUAUUUCAAUGUUGCGCAACACAAAGCCUCUCGAGAUCAUGCUUCCCAAACCAGACCACGUCUCCACAAGGCUAGAACCAACUUUGAGAGCUUGGAUACUAUCUCUCCGGGGAGACCCGCAGGAAAACUAUCAUCAAGUGAGGAGCAAGGCUCGCAAGAUUCUUUUGUUUUGUCACCGUCACAAGAGAUGAGGCCGCCACAUGCUCUGUCGCCAACCCAGCAUUCAUCUCGCCAAGCAUCUACAAACUCGCUCUAUGCUCAGCUGCAAAGGGAGCUUCCGCGUCCAUUCUCUGAUACGAUAGCUCAGUUGAUGCUCAAUUCGAUUCCACUGCAUCUGUACUUGGCAAAGCCACAGAGUGGCGAGGUUAUCUGGACUAACUCCAAGUUUGACGCUUACCGAAGGAGUCAACAUCAAGAGCAAAGAUUGCGGGAUCCCUGGCAAAAUAUACACAGCAGUGAGCGCGAGCAUGUGAGUAACCAAUGGGCUACUGCGUUGUCCACAGGCGCCCAGUUCACUGAAAGGGUGCGAGUCCGAAGAUUCAACGACGAAUCAGCAUAUCGCUGGUUCAUCUUCCGGGCUAACCCGCUACUAUCUUCUACGGGAGAAGUCUUGUAUUGGAUCGGAUCUUUCCUCGAUAUCCACGAGCAACACAUUGCUGAAUUGGAAGCCACGCAAGAAAGGGAGAAGUUUGCCAUCGAUGCUAAGUAUCGGGCAUUUUCCAAUUCCAUCCCACAGGUCGUUUUCGAGGCCACAGAAAACCGCGGACUGAUCUUCGUCAACGAACAGUGGAAUCUGUACACGGGCCAAACCAUCGAGGAAGCUCAUGAUCUGGGCUUCGCCAAACACGUGCAUCCCGACGACCUCGAAAAGUGUGGUGGGCUCUCACUCAACAAAGCAGUCAAUGCCCUCGAUGAUGACAAUGGAAAGCCGUCCGAAUUCAUGGUUGGUUCGGCUUUAGAUGAACUUGUCAAACGCGGCGUUGCUUCCUUGCAAAAGGAUGAGAAUGGUCGAGUGUUCUAUUCCACAGAGAUUCGUCUUCGUUCUCGCGGUGGCGACUUCCGCUGGCACUUGGUUCGUUUGGUUCGCGUGCAGACUAGCAGUUUCGGCAGCGAGGAAGCUUCUUGGUACGGAACUUGUACUGACAUCAACGACCGCAAGAACCUUGAAAGAGAACUGAACAAGGCCAUGCAACAACUGAAUAACCAGAUGGAGUCAAAGACAAAAUUCUUCAGUAACAUGUCGCAUGAGAUCCGAACACCGCUCAAUGGUAUCCUCGGUACCAUUCCGUUCAUCCUGGACACCCAGCUUGAUAGUGACCAGAGACGAAUGCUUGACACCAUUCAAAACAGCUCCACCAACCUCCGCGAGCUGGUGGACAACAUCCUCGACGUUUCUCGCGUUGAAGCCGGCAAGAUGUCAAUGGUCAAUUCAUGGUUCCAUGUGCGGUCGAUGAUUGAGGAUGUGAUUGAUACUAUUGCUUCAAGAGCGAUUGACAAGGGUCUUGAAAUCAACUAUCUCAUCGGCGAAGAUGUGCCAUCAAUGGUCAUCGGAGAUCGGUUCCGAAUUCGUCAAGUCUUGAUCAAUCUUCUCGGUAACGCAGUCAAGUUUACUGCACAGGGCGAAAUUCAUAUUGGCUGUGAGAUGCACCGCACUGAGCCUGGAAGUCCCCAGGACACUCGCGCUUUCAUGAACUUUGAGGUCGUGGACACUGGCAAAGGAUUUAGCUCUCAUGAUGCAGAGCGGUUGAUGCAACGGUUCAGUCAACUCGGAGAGAAUGGGUCUCAGCAACAUGCAGGCAGCGGUCUGGGUCUCUUCCUGUCGAAGCAACUUGUCGAAAUGCAUGGCGGCAAAUUGACUCCGAGCAGUAAAGAAGGCCAAGGUGCGAAAUUCUCGUUCAACGUCAAGGUUGAUGCACCACCGCCCCCAUCCCCGUCUGAGCAACCAAGCUUGCUUCGCCAGAGUUCGAGUGCCUCAAGAAGACCUACUGGCUCCAGAACAACUUCUUACCAGAAAGCACCGCCACUGGUUCCCAAACACUCGGACUCGUCCAACAAAAGUUCUAACCCGAGCAUCACAUCACUUUCCGUUGCAUCUUCAGCUCUCUCUACCCCCGACAUUGCCCCAUUGCCGCCUGCGGCGGAUCAAACGAGUGCCGUGGCACAUAUGCCAGAUGUGGUCUCAAAGUCACACAUCCAAGCCGCCGCCACGAAGUCCGGCUCAUCACCGAGCCGAGAUUCGCCUAUUUCCCAAGCAUCUGCCUCGCCAGGCACUCCCAUCGGAAAUGUAGCGGUGCCUUCCCAUGGCACUUUCUCCAUCGUCAUCUUGUGUCAGCUUGAGCACUCCAGGAAAGCUAUCAAACAACACAUCCAGCACGUUGUGCCUCACGAAAUCCCCUUCAAAGUGAAGACUCUUCCCGAUGUGGAUGAAUGGAAAGAUAUGAUGCACCUUGCUUCCGAUUCCCAACCAUGCACGCAUCUUGUUCUUAAUCUUUCCACUGAUGAUAUCUUGGAGGUCAUCCAAAAUGUUUCUGACAUGCCAAGGGACGCUGCUCCAGUUGUCGUGAUCAUCGCAGACCUUUACCAAAAGCGUCAGAUCAGCACUCGGGUCAAAGAGCUGGCAGGCCUUGGAAUUCAAGUAUUCAUUGUGCCAAAACCUGUCAAGCCUUCUGCUUUCUCCGCUAUCUUCGAUCCCGAAAGCAAGCGUGAGCUGAGCAAGGAUCGCAAUCAAGACAUGGCCCGUGAGAUCAACAACAACUUCAAGACUGUGUCCAAGAUGGUCAAAGAAGUUUUGGGCAAUAAGGGCUACCGAGUCUUACUUGUUGAAGAUGAUGAAACCAAUCGCGAUGUCAUGCUGAAAUACCUGGACAAGAUCAAACUGAUGUCAGAGACUGCCUCUAAUGGAUUGGAAUGCACCAACAUGGUGCUCUCCAAAGAACCGGGUUAUUAUUCUCUCAUCAUUUGUGACAUCCAAAUGCCUAUCAAGAAUGGAUACGAAACCUGCAAAGACAUUCGUGACUGGGAGCAAAGGAACCACUACCCACAGAUUCCUAUCAUGGCUCUCUCCGCAAACGCCAUGACUGAUCAAAUUGAGAAUGCGGCUCGUGCAGGAUUCAACGACUAUGUGACCAAGCCGAUCAAACACAACGAACUGGGCAAGAUGAUGAUGGGUCUUCUCGACCCUGCUCGACCACUCUUGCUCCUCCGUGAUCGUCUUCGCGCAGAGCGCCAAAAUCCCCCUGCUCGCUAG